AUGCCAAAAACCUCAAUCUUCCCCUUCCCCAUCCAGGACCUCCAAGAAAUCUCCAACGAGCGCAUUAAGCUCCUACCCUUCAACCCAGACCACCAUGGCGCCACAUUCAUCCACCACGCCUCCCCAAACCCAUCCAUCUUCUCAAACGUAACAAUGGGACCCUGGCACUCAACCUCCGAGCUCCAAGCCGCAUUCUACGACAGCCACGACAGAGACAUACUUUCCUUCGCGAACCCCGCAUCAUUCGCCUUCGCCAUCAUAGACAAAACCCGGCCUCCGUCCGCAGACGAUGCCGAGGGCGAACUUGCAGGAACAAUCAGCUACAUUAACACGUCUACUGUGCAUCUCAGCGCAGAGCUCGGCUUUGUCGUCGUUCUCCCGCCCUACCAGAGGAGCCAUGUUGCCGUGAAUGCCGUGGGGCUGAUGAUGCAGCAUGCGUUCGCGAGUCGAGAGAGUGGCGGCUUGGGCUUGCGGAGGGUGUGUUGGAAGGCUAGUACCGCGAACUCGGCUAGUGUGCGGCUUGCGGAGAAGAUGGGGUUUGUGAAAACUGGGGUGACGAGAUAUGCUAUGAGGUUUCCGGGGGGUGCGCGUAAGGGGAAGGUGGGGAAUGGGCGGGCUUUGCCGCCUGGGAGUGACCCGGAUGAUGUGUGGCGGGAUACGGUGGAUUUGAGUAUUGCUUGGGAUGAGUGGUUGGGUGGUGCGGAGGAAAUGGCUCGGGCUAUUAUGAGUAAGUAG